AUGCCACUAUUGGAGAUAUUGAGUGUGCAAGGAAAGGUAUUGGUUGAUGGAAGAGUCAGUCUAGCGUCGUGUCAAUCUCUCAAGAAACUCGUUAUUGAUGAAUGCAGAGAUAUCCUUCCGGCCAAUAUCAUUCCAUCUACCGUUGAAAGAGUUACAAUACACAGCUAUACAAAACGUCAACUCAGAGGUGUGGAUGUUUUUGAACAAGUUGUAUUCCCACCGUCACUGACUCGCCUAACCAUUGGAAACAUUGCCGACUGUGAGCAUGUCAAACUCCCAGAAUCACUCGUUCAACUAAAGUUCAAUACCUUGAAAGAUUCAGUCGCACUUCCUCGCUCUUUGAAAAAGCUUGUCUAUUGGAGUGAUGGGUACAACUAUUCAAGUCGGUUGAUAACGUUCCCAUCCGAAUAUCCACCCAAUCUUGAAACACUCGACAUUUUCAAUGUCAAAGAGGACAAGUUUGUGCUUGACAAUAUACCACCAUCAAUCACCAAUCUAUUGGUUCCCUUGCUCAAAGGUGGUAUAUUGUGGACCGGUGGCCCUACAAUAUUUUCAAUCGACUCUUUGUUUACCGACUCUGCUGUCACUACCCAACAACAACAACAACAACAACAACAACAACAACAACAACAACAACAACAAUGGCUACCACUCAAUACCACACAUCUUACUUGCUAUCUAUGGGGAGCACUCAAGUUUGUCUUUAGAUUGGACCAAGUGAUCAAUCACACCAAUGUUAGACAUUUAUCUAUCACUCUUCCCCAUUCUUUCUAUCAUUUUUCGAUUCAAAGAUUGGACCCAUAUAAUGGAAAUGUAUUAGUAUUGGAGAAACAGUCACUUACAGGUGGAAUAAUCACUCAACGAAUAAUAAUCAAUCAACAAAUAACAAUCAAUCAACAACAACAGAUACAAUAUCAUCCCAUCUAUUUACAUGUUGAUGCCAACUCAAAAUCCCCCUAUGCAUUUAAAUGGAGCUUUGCCAAAGAUAAAUAUGACGACCAUUCUUUAUGA